UUGGUCGCAUUGCUAGGAUGUCUUAGAGGUGAUAAUAAGGUUUAUGUAAGGGGAAAGUCAUGUCUGGCAUAGAAAAGGAGGCGUCGUCGUCUGUAGAAGCUUGUCUUCACUAGCCUGACCACCACCAUUUACUCUUUGACUGCUGGUAACAUGCUACCAGGCAAGAACACUGGGAUACAGGAGCACCUAAAGCAGUAAAUAUGGCACAGUGUAAUAAGUGGGUAGUAGGGGUGAGUGCUUGUGUAGCAGUGAGUGUGGUGAUGGCGGUGGGACCCAGUGUGCCGGCAGGAAGACAGCCAGCUGUGGAGAUUAUGGUUGAUUCUGAGGAUAACCGCCAUGGUGUCGAUCAGUUAGCGCUACUACAAGAGAUGCGCACCAUUACUGACAUCAUGUUAAGACUACAGAAAAAAGAUGAGACUCCCCCGCCACCCCCGCCUGUAGUUCACGACUGCUCUACGCUCCAUCAAGCCGGGGUCAAGGGAAGCGGGAAGUAUCAAGUGUUCCCCUUCACCUUCCUGGUGUACUGUGACAUGAGCACCCACGGAGGAGGCUGGACCGUCGUACAACGCAGGAAACUUCAGGAAGUCCAGGAGGACUUCGAUAGGGGUUGGGCAGACUACCGGAAUGGGUUUGGUAACCUUGAUGGGGAGAUGUGGUUGGGCUUGGAACCCCUCCACCAGCUCACCUACAGCGCCUCCUACGAGCUGCGGGUCGACAUGUUUGAUUACCAGCUGGGACACCUCUAUGCUCACUACAAGAACUUUCGUGUGGGUCCUGAGAGUGACGGUUACCGUCUGCUGGCGACCAAUUACUCAGGCGACGCCGGCGACGCACUCUCAAUCUUUCACUCCGGUCUUCGCUUUUCCACCCUCGACCGUGACCAGGACCUGGCCAGGAACAAGAGCUGUGCACAAGAUAAGGAAGGUGGUUGGUGGUUCCAUGCUUGUUAUGCUGCUCAUCUCAAUGGUCGUCACUCCAUCACUCCCUCUAGGAAAGGCAACGGCACAGAAAUCCGCUGGUGGUCAAACCGCGAGCGAGUGCUGGUCCUAACUCACGUAGAAAUGAAAAUACGUCGGCGAAGGUCUGAAGGUGCUGCAGGGAACAAGCCGACAGAUGACGUUACUGCUGACGACACCCAGGGAGAGACUCCUAUCGGAGGCACUGACGAUAGCUACCACGACAGUACGAUGUCACCCACCAAAGGCUACGCUCCCUGGUGGCCAGCAUUUGAAGCAACAAGUGAUCACGAGGAUGAAAAUGUCAUCAACGUUCCUGGCGGCCGCGCAGACGUUAAUCCCUGGGAAGUGGUGCGCCCACAAAUGGAAUAAUCCCUACAUAAACCGUAAUUGGGUGGGGAUAUUACAGUUCUGAGGGUUAUUUGAAUUGUGAAAUCUACGUACGUCUGGCAAGACAGCUGUUGAACGGAUGAUUACGUUUAAUUUUUCUUGGGUCACUACCUCGGUGGGAGAUGACUGGUGUGCUUAAAAAAUAGUAUAUUUGUUCCCAUUAUGCUGUGUACUUAGAGGACACCCUGGAUGAGGCGUUUUCAGUAAAGACUUCUUACUAAGUUAAGUGAUAUUAUUUUUGAGGGUUUGAAAGACACAAAGAUGUUAGGUAUGGUGAUAUAGAUACUUUUAACAAAGCAAGUAGCUUUAACAAUUAGUUAAACAAUUAUAUGAGUGAGGAUUGGAUUUGGGAAGGACUUGUUUAGUAGGAUCCAGUAGGCCUACUACGGUCUUCCUCCAUUCUUAGAUUUAUAUGUUCUUGUGAAUGUGAGUGAAAUGAUGUUUAAAUAAAGGCUGAAGUUGUUGUGCCUUUGCACUACCUUGUUUACGUAAGUCUGUUAAAGAACAGAUAAGAAGAAAAUGUAUUGAGAGACGUGGAGACUAAGCUAAAAACUUAGUCUUAUUUCAGUAGCCCAUAAAAAGUUAUAAAAUUUAUUUGGUCUAGGUAGGUCACCUAUACUGCCAAAAAGAACAUUCCAAACCUUCCUCCAUGUAAGAUACACCAUUCAGAGUUUGAAGUCGAUUAAAACAGGUAUUAUCAAGUUAUCGCACAAAAAUUAUUGUGCAAUUAUCAUAUAUAAAUUUGGUAAAUUGGUACCAAAAAAAUCCAAAUCUUCCUUUAAGGACGAUAAACAAACUUAAAAAAUUUGAAUCCAGUCAGACUUGUUCUCAAGAAUCACACAGAAACCUUAACUAUUGGAUAAAUAAAAAAAAAAAUGCGAAACUCGACAUAAACUAUAUUAUCUUCUAUUGGUAGAUACCUAAUCCUAUUUUUUUUAAAUCUUCAUCAGAAAUCAUUCUAGAAACAAAUCGUAUAGAAUUUCAUUAUAUCUAAAAGCCUUUCUAAGAGAUCAAAUCCUAUAAAAUACAGUACAUUAUAAUUCGUACUGGAGAGGAACCGUAUUAGUGUUCACAGUGAUUCAAUAUCAAGGGGAACAUGAGUCAAGGCUUUCCUUCAUUAAGUGUCAAUGAUUUCUUGGAUAUCUAUGCGCUGUAAAAAAUCAAAUAAAAAAAAUACUUAGGGGAAAAUUAAGACGACGUUUCGGUCCUCCCUGGACCAAUGUCAAAUCCCAACUUCUUCCAGCCAUGUUAUCGUGACUUGUAUUCUUCUAAUCUUCAAAAUUCGAGUCAGAAGUGAAAAUGAAUGAUCACUGGAGUGAUAUCCUUGAGAAAGGAACCGCUAAAGUGAAACCGCCGCUUGUUGGCCGUUCUGUGGUGUAAUUCCCUCUGGCUGUUUGUGAAGUUGAUCCAGAUGGGAUCCUUGAGAAGAUAGUUCUUGUAUAAACAGUAAAGCCAUGGAAUUUUC